AUGUCGUUUCUCACUUAUAUGUUCGAUAAAUGCUUCGCAGUCAUUUUGCGAUUCAUAGUUGGCCUAGCUGCCAAUGUCUCUGCAACUCCAGAUGAAGUGCGUCAUAUAAAGUCAAGAGAUGCCGGCCGAACGAUCAAGGUUCAUCUGUAUCAUCCUUCUAGCUCGGGCCCAUCACCUGUGCUCAUUAACUUUCACGGGAGUGGAUUUCUGCUGCCUCUCCACGGUGGUGAUGAUGAAUUUUGUCGACGUGUCAGUCGUGAUUCAAAGUAUACUGUUCUGGACGUCCCCUACCGACUGGCCCCCGAACACCCUUUCCCUGCUGCAUUGAACGACAUCGAAGAUGCCAUCAAAUAUGUACUAUCGCGCCCCGAUGAGUUUGACCAGACCCAUGUAUCCCUCUCCGGGUUCAGCGCUGGAGGCAACCUCGCACUAGCAGCGUCCUCAAGCCUCUUCCCCCGCAACACUUUCCGUUCCUUGUUGGUUUUCUACCCCGUGACCGAUCUAAGUUCGGAUCCUGGCUUGAAACACGCCCCAGUUGCUGGAGGCCGGGUGAUCCCUUUGUUUGUUGGACGUAUGUUCAACCGCUGCUAUAUCCCUGCGGCCUUUGAUAGGCGGGACCCUCGUAUCUCGCCGCUCUUUGCCGAGGCAAAUCGAUUCCCCCAACGUAUUCUUAUGAUCACCGCUGAUGGCGAUUCUCUCGCGCUUGAAGCGGAGGAAUUGGCUCAAAAGAUCAAGGAUUUGGAGGGAUGGCAUGUAGUCAGCCAGCGCAUGGAGAAAUGCUCCCAUGGGUGGGAUAAGCACUCUCUGGGUGGAACCCCGCAAUACGAAGCUAAAGAGCGGGCCUACCAAUUGGCAGUUGACAUGUUGAAUGAUAAUUAA